GGAAAUGAGGAUUGUCGUGUGUGUUGAUAUUUUAUAUUACAAGAGAUAACCUCAAAAUUCUGCAUUUGACGGAAAAUCAGUAAACAAUUAAGAAAGAAGGAAUAUAUAUUGUCAUAUUCUUCUAUAAGGAAUAAAAUAAAAUGACAACACGAGAGAUAUUGACCAUUCAAUUGGGUCAUUAUUCUAAUUUCAUCGGUGCGCAUUGGUGGAAUUUGCAGGAGUCUAAUUUUUCAUACGAUCCGAAGCAUCCAUCUGAAGUAAAUCAUGAUGUUUUGUAUAGAGAAGGUGAAAAUGUACGAAAACAGGUUACAUUUACACCAAGAUUAUUAAUAGCAGAUUUAAAAGGAGCAUUAGGUUAUCUGAGCAAAGAAGGUAAUUUAUAUAAAACAGAGAGCUCUUCAGAUAAUCAGCUGCUAUGGGAUGAUUCAAAAUUGGAAGUUACCAAUGCUGAACCUAGUUCUGUAUCACCUUUUAUUCAAAGUUUAAAUGAAUCUAAUAAAACUGUGGAUUCUGAAAUUUUCAAUUUUGAAAAUGAUGUUAAGUCGUGGGUCGACUAUAUUGUACCGUUAUUUCAUCCAAGAACGGUGACAGUUAUCAAAGAAUAUUUACACAAUUGUACACAACGACCAUUCAAUAUAUUCACAUAUGGUCGCGAUUUGUGGACUACAGAACAAUUCUCUGAAGACUUUUCAAACAAAAUACGACUAUAUGUAGAAGAAUGUGAUUUGAUGCAAGGAUUUCAGGUGCUUGUGGAUUCUACUGAUGGUUUUGCUGGUCUUGGAGCAUCUUGCAUUCAGCAUCUACGUGAUGAGUAUGGAAAGAGUAUUUUGGCAUUUCCGUGUCUAGACUUUAACAAUGCCGAACCCAGUGCGUCAGAUUUAAUUAAAAUUGUUAACACAGCAUUAUGCUGGCAACACAUUGGAGAGUAUUCAUCACUUUACAGUCCACUUUCCUGUGGGCAAGUCGGAUGGCCGUUCGCGGCCAAUGCACGUAAAUUCCAAAACAUAACAUAUAGCCCAGAACUAAAGUAUCACAGUAGCGCAAUAUUAGCGACUGCUUUGGACACGUUGACCUUAAGAUAUAGAACUAAGAAAUAUCCAAAUGUCAGUUUAUCUGAUUUAUGUGCUGAUCUGAACAAGUUAGGUCGCAAAGCAGCGGCGACUAGUUUGAAUUUGCCAUUCCCUAUGAAAUUAAAGAUGGAUUUAAUAGACAUAUUGGAUGAAUUUGAGGGACCUCUAUGGACCAGUCUGACACCGAGCUGCGACAUAUCGAUGGAUAAUAAUAUGCAAAGUAUAGCGUUGCGUGGAAUUCCAGAAGACAGAAUAAAGCGACCUCUUCACGAAGCUAACAAACAGAUAUCAAAACCAGCAUAUAAAUGCUCCAGUGUACACGAAAUGAUGACAUUCUAUCUGGCAUGCACGUGUCACGCGUCAGCUACAUAUUUAUCUAAUAUCGAGACACCGUUGAAACUUGCUUUACCAUAUCCGAAGAUAUUCAAUAAUAAUGUAACCGAGAAUGGUAACAUCGCCGAGUGGCCCAUAGGAACAGAUGUAAACUCGAUUGCAGUGAUGGCUGGAAUGCAUAGUGGUAAUAGUAUCGCGGCAAUGUACGAAUCUCUACUUAAACACCAAAGGAUAAGAAGUAUCAAGAAAUUUCACGCCUUUGUGGAUUCCGGACUGGAGGAAGACGAGUUUACGGAAUGUGUUCAUAAUUUGGCUGAUUGUAAAGAAGCGUACGAAGAAGAUUAUUAUAUUUGAAGGCAAACUAAUUAUUGUGUAUAUAUAACACAUUUAGCAACAUAAUUUCUAUAGUACUGAUGUCAGUUGUACAGCGAUUAAUUGCACAAUAUUUUAUAUAAUAAAGCUUUUUACUAAAUUAUA